AUGGAUGCCCCUUCCUCCUCAUCCACAACCAGGGGCUUCAUCGAUCCCGCCCACGCCCGCUCAUGGUCCCCAGCAGGCCCGCCCUCCAACCACCCAGAACGCAGCCCGCACCCGACGCCGUCCCACUCGUCCCCCUGGUCCACCGCGACCCACCCGAACAACUCCCAGUACAUGCUGCCCCCGCUGCAUCCGCGGUCCCAGCAGCACGACGACGGCUCGCUCGCUACCAACCCAGACUGGGGGAACAUAUUCUCGAGCCCCCUCAACCCGACCGUCUUCGCCGCACUCGCUGCGAACGGCGUACUCGGCCCCAUUUCCCCUGGAGCGCCCUCAAGCCUCCCCGCCAACUCGUUUCACAAUAACUACCAGCCAGGACAUCGCCCGCAAGUUCCCCCUCUGGACGUGAAUCUCCAGCCGUCGCUUUCUGCGGCCUCGUCUUGGUCCCAGGCGACAUCUCCGUACAUUGCGACACCACCCUACCCCCCUUCUCACAAGCCAUCCAUACCGCGAUCCAACUCGUCCAAUAGCGUGCAGUACUCCAAAUCGAAAGGUGCAAAUGGUGAGCGUCCAAAUAUCGGGCUGCCUCCCUCGCUUUGGAUGUCCCCUGCGUCCACAACCCCGUCAACAUCGACCUUCGGUCCACUAAAUCACCCCCCAUCGUCUAUUACACCAGAUGCUGGUUCCUCGACUACCACCCGCGCCUCGUUUACCCAAUCACCCACCACCCCUGCUUCUCCCUCUGCGGAUACAAAGUCCACCAUAUUCACCGAUAUCUUCUCUGAUGAGAUUUUGUCUUCCCUUUCUGACAAUGCCACGAGUCCGUUUACAUCACCCCGAAUAUCCGGCUCUCCCGACCUGCAGUAUCUUUCAAACGUUGAUUCAGCGGCCGAUCCAGAGCAGUUGGCCAAAGAUGAUCCACUGGCAACCCAAGUUUGGAAGAUGUACGCUCGCACAAAGGCGACACUUCCCCAUGCCCAGAGAAUGGAAAACCUCACUUGGAGAAUGAUGGCCUUAACGAUGCGUAAGAAGAAAGAAGAAGAGAUGAAGCUCUUGAGUGAGAACUCCGAGGGGCUUGCGGCAACCGAAUCACCCGAACAGGCGGGCACACAGGAGCCUCCUCGCCAUUCAGACGAGUCCCUGGCCGAGGAUAGAGGGGGCGAUGAGAGGGGGCGAAGGAUUGAUAAAGGAACAACGAGAGUGCGUGUCGUAGGGUUUGAUGGAACCAACCAAGAUGGCCACGAAGAUGACGAUGUUGUUCCUAUGGACUGGCGUGCGAUGAGUAGGUCCCGCUCCCGGAUAUCCAUGGACUGGAGACCUACUAGCCGAUCCCGAUCAAGACCACCGCCAGGGAUGACGUACGAAGAUCAGAGUGCCUCGAAUUCAAGUAACGUUGAUGGUCGAUAUACCUUCCCGUCUCUGGGCAACGUCAACUCGAUGCCCGACUCGCAGAAAACUGACUCACAGUAUCGGUUUUCCAAGGAGGUUUCGACGUCGCCCGGGAUUCCUAUUCCUGGUACUGCGCCGAUAUCUGCUGGGAGACGGAGUCCAUUUUCAAGUCUACCGCAUCGUUCGGAGUUGGCUUCAGUUUAUGAGGAUCCGUCCGACCCCAAUGCGGGCCUGUUCGAUAGUUCAGACCAAGGACGCUUCUUCCCUGGCAGCAGUUACAAUCCAACCCUGUCUGCCGUGAAUAGUCCGAAUUUUGCGCCAUCUUCCUUACCGUCCUUUGGGCUUAGCGGCCUCGGGCGGAUACCGUCAUCGGUAGGACAGAUAUCGCAAGAGAGUCGCACGUUCCCCCGACACGUUCGCAAGACGAGUUUUGAUCACACUGUUUCCAAAGAGGGCGUCAUCGUAGGGUUGGGAGGCAGGCACCAGGUUAACGGGAAACCAAUUUCACCCGACAGUCUGAUUGGUACAAAGAGACGCGCUGAAGCACCUCAUGCGGAGAGCAUGUUACGUGCUGAUCCUCCCACAGUUAAAUCUCAGUCCCAGUUGCAAAGCUCUCGAGAACCGGACCACUUUGAAAGCACGACCUCAUUCCCAUCGUCGUCGUUCAACUUCUCGUUCCACUCGUACGAUUUCCUUGAUUUGAACGGUUCGAUGGGUCAACCUGGUGGAUCGACGGGCGAGGGCAACUACUCCCAGUCAACGCGCACCUCCACAGUGAGCGCUAGCAGCUUUCCUGUGGUGGGCUCCCCGUCUUCAGGCAACGACGGUCUUUCUGCUGCUGCGGCCGCCGCCUCGGCUGCCAUGGCUGAAGGCUACGCGCAGCUCAACGCCGCCAAUCUCGCUACCGUUGACGAACCUGUCAUUGACUACCGCCAACUAUUGGGCUUUGGCGAUCCGUCAUUAUACGCCUCGAGUUCCCUCAGUCAAUCCCCCUACACUCAUGUCGACCCUCAGCAAAUUCUGUCUCUUGAUGGAACGGAUGGAGGACCUAAUUUCGUCAACUUCCACGAGAGCCCGUCAAGCGACGGGUGGGGUAACGGCGUUGCGUCCUCAUCUAACGCAUCGCCGGAGCCGUAUACAGUUUCGAAUGCCUCCUCACCGCCAUCGACAGAGGGCGGUGGAACCGCUACAAAUACGCCAAAUACCCAAUUACGGCACCUUCAGCGCAAGCAUGUGGCCGUGAAGGGUAGUUUGGGCGGCAUUGCUGAGCUGCAGAAGCAGAAAUCAUUACCGACGGGGCUGGGGAACGGCGCCUCAUCUAGCGAGCUCAGAUCAUCAAGUAGUACGCCGGAGCUAGGCGAUAGUGGGAACGGCGGCCAUACGACGAAGAGCGGCAGUGAGGAUGGGGAAAGUACCCCAACAUCAUGUACGAAUUGCCACACAACAAACACACCGUUGUGGCGCCGGGAUCCCGAAGGACAACCCCUUUGUAACGCCUGUGGGCUAUUCUACAAACUGCACGGCGUAGUUCGUCCGUUAUCGCUGAAGACGGACAUCAUCAAGAAGAGAAAUCGUGCUUCUGGCGCCCCAAGCAGCAGUUCCCGUAAAGGAAACGCUGGACUACCCAAGAUCGCGUCAUCAUCUACUCGCCCUCGAUCUGCAUCUGGUUCCCAUCUAUCUGGUCUCUCAAGUACCCGCCCUGUGCAGGGCGCUCGCGGAGGUGGUGGACCUACUUCCCCCGUCGCCGCACCUGGAGCGUUAGGUCUCUUCCCGCAUCAUUCUUCAUGGCCCCCCAUUUUUUGGACUCCCAUAUACCAGCCGCAAACCCGGCCUGCGAAUCCUAUGUUAUCUGCGGCCAACCACUCGUAUGCGCCAGGGCUGCAGCCUGUAACCUCGCUUGACCAUGGCCAAAGAGAUUUGCACCGGAGAGCCUCAAGGACUGACCUUGAUUUCGAGCAGGCGCUGCGAGGCGAAGGGACUGUCAAGCUGAAGGAGGGACCAGACGUUAGUGCUAUGGGUAUGGACAGUCCAAUGAAUAGAAGUAUGCUGGAUUCCCCUGCCAUGUCGCCGAGAGAGACGAAGAUUCCGAAAACGACACCGCGUCGUCCGACUCAGCAGCCAUCAACCCCAACCAUCAUUCCUCCUACGCCGUCUCCAAUAGCUGGUCCGUCGUCUGCAAAACCCUUGACUGGUGGCUCAAAUGGUUCUUCAGCCCAAGACUUGGUCAAUGAGUCUGGUGGAGACGACAGCGACUCGAGACAAACGAAUCGAAGGUCGUUGUACAGGUCCCCUGGGACGUCCAGCAGCCCAGACCUAGCCACGCUUAUGAGAAAGGCCAAGGCGAAAGACAAAGCGUUGCAAGACAACAAGGGGAAGUCGAAGGCGCUGCCGACGAGUCCUGAGUGGAUUUUAACGAGUCCACAGGCACGGGGUUCACCGGAAAAGAAGAGUGGUGGUGCGAAAGUAUGUAAAUCGUCGAUGAGGGCCAAAACGAGUGCAUUUCUAGGAAAGGUUCUGGGGCAGAAUACAGUACGGGAACGAUCAAAAACUGAUGCAACACCUCCAACGACGCCAUCAUCCGUCUUCUUCACGAAUCCGUUUGCAAAUUCGCCUCCUGUCCCACCCUUGCCCCCUGGUAUCCAACAGACACCUAUUAGAGCAAGAGAAGAGUCUCCCACUCGUAUCGGCUCGCCCGACCUUUCUAAACCACUCCCGCCGAUCAUAGGCGCCUCGCCCACCAAAGCCGACCCUGAGGACGACGACGACGACGACAUGGAUGAUAAAUCCAUGGUCUUUGUUGAGAAGUCCAUUCGAGCACCCUCUCCUGAGCCAGCUCCUCGGCCCCGACGCGCCCCAUCUCCCGAGCCUGUAACAUAUGACAAAUCGACAGAUACUUCGAAAACUCUAGUACAUAACAAGCGUAGAAGCAUGAGCGUCAGCGAGUUCGAGCUCAAGACCGCUAUGGCUGCGUCGUCGUCAAUUACUCCAUUACCAACACCGUCUCGAUCAACAUCAAAGAAGGAAGGGCCAAAGCAAAAUUGGGACGAUUCGUUGCAUGGCAUUCUAGAUGAUUUCAAAGGUCAACUAUCUCAGUUAGAUCCAUUUUCCCCCAGCUCGUCCUUAGACCUUAAAGAUCCUUCUACUCCUGCUAGACGCGCCGCAUAUACAAGGGGCCAUACGGAUCGCAUUAAUACUCGUGAAGACAUCCGCCCUCCCCCUCAGAAGGCUAAGACUGCCCCGAGUUCCUUUGCAUUGCCCACCGUGAAGCUCUCCCAGUCUGAAGUCCUCCAAGAUGAGCCCCCUUCCCCGACCACCUCUCCAAUAAUUCCCCCUCGCUCCUCCUCGUUGUAUACCGGCGUGCGAUCCGCCACAAGUGGAUCAGGUUCUCCCCGGGUGUCAGCACGAAGAACCCACAGUCCACUCACAUCCAAAACUGGAACGAUAUUGGGGACCGCGCCCCAGACACCUAUUCGGAAUAAAUUACGAGUGCAGCAUCGGUCGACGGCGUCGAGCUCAGAGCCCUCCCUUAUACCCAUUUCAGAUGACCCGCGUAACUUCGACAGAGCUGACUUAGAGAAGUCUGUGACUCUCAGACGGUCGUCGUACUUUGGAACACCUUCGAAGGAAUCGCGGAACGAGCUUGGGGUGAAUGACUUAACGUUAAAGAGAUUUGCUUCGGCCACGGUUUCGCCUACCAAGGACGACGAUUCUGAAACUCUGGAAGCGCGAGCUCGAGAUUUAGCUAACAAAUGCUGGGCUGAAGAUGAAGAGUUCCUCGCCAAGGAGAAAAUCGCAGAGUGGCUUGGUGGGACAGGGCGGAUAAACAAGCUCGUUCUUCAUUAUUACAUGGAUUUCUUCGACUUCGCGACACUGCGAUUGGACAUGGCUUUCAGACGACUAUGUGCUAAACUGUACUUGAAAGCCGAGACUCAGCAAGUUGAUCGAAUUCUCGAUGAGUUCAGCAGAAGAUACUGGGACUGCAAUCCUGCCACCAUGUUUGGCAGUGCUAGUGUUGUUCAUGCCGUCACCUAUUCCCUUCUGCUUCUUAACACGGACUUGCACAUUGCCGAACUGAGCACCCAUAUGUCGCGUUCUCAGUUCGUCCGCAAUACCCUUGGAACAAUCCAGAUGCAGCUUCAACCGCCUGAACAACUUUCUACCUCUGAUUUGGCGUAUGAUGACAGCGGUAGUAGUAUGCGAGGUUCGGACGCUGACACUAUUGCUCGUACGAAGCGGAGCGACAGUAUCACAAGCUGGAAUAGCGUUUCGAAAGAAGCGGCCAUGGCAGCGUCUCCGGGACAUCAUUCGAAUGGAAGCACUCCAUCGGUCCAAGUUUCUUUACACAGCAGCCAACAACGUACACCGGAUGUCGGUUCGGUGUAUGGGCGUACCUGGGAGGCCGAUAUGGAGAACCUGCUCAAGGAUAUGUACAACUCGGUGAAGAGUCAACAGAUCCUUCAACCAAUUGCAGGUCGUGCAUCCGUAUCCUCCCUGAGUCCUGGUGCAGCCAUGUUGAGGAACCGAAGCCUUCGUAGUCAACCUGACCGACUUGCGACGCUAAAGCGAGGCAGCAUACGCGGGUUGCAAUCCAUACUCAAUGCUCAAGCGGGCAUCAGUCCGUAUAGUAGCAAUAGUAGUAUCGACGGUCGAGCAAGCCCUUCGCCUAGCUUCGCAACUUCGGCUCACGAUACCGGAAGUUCCACUUUCCUCACGCCAACCCUCGGAUUCGCGUCCAACCUCUCCCAUACUAUUAUUAAGGAGGCCCGGGAAGACGAUGAUCAUAGUUUACACAGUCAAGAAUCCGGUUCAACGAUGAUCAGUAUAACUGACGAGGAGCUCGCGCUACUUGGACCGCCGUGGGCAAAGGAAGGCAGGUUGUGCAGGAAGCAGUACUGGGAGUCUACGAGCAAGCGGGCGAAGGAUAAGGCAUGGUUGGACGUGUUUGUUGUCAUUCAGAAGGGCGAGCUCAACAUGUUCACUUUUGGUGGUGCUGGUGGAGGGGGCGGCGGUGUGGUUGGUGGAGGCAAUUGGCUGACCAACGCUAAUCUUGUCGGUUGUGUUGAUUUAUCGCAUUCCCUGUCGCAUGCGUUACCACCACCCGGAUACAACAAGCAGCGCCCUCAUUGCAUGGUCCUUACACUAUCCAACGGGGGUGUCUACUUCUUCCAAGCCGGUACAGAAGAGCUCGUCAACGAGUGGGUCUCGACUUGCAACUACUGGGCUGCUCGGACAAGUAAAGAGCCCCUUGCGGGAGGAGUGUCGAACAUGGAAUACGGCUGGAACCGCGUUCUCGAACCCAGCCACGGACGUUCUGUAUCAGAUAACGACCCGGCCGCCCAACAGGAUUAUUCCGAUGCGAUGAGUGUACGCAGCGGGCGCAGCACGCGUAGCCGGUUCGGAUGGAAAGAAGGCUCGAACACUGUCAGAGCUGCUAGUUCCCCAUACGUCGAUCGCAUCUUCAUCAAUGAUUGGAAACCACCCAUGCCGCCCACUGUCUCAAGUCUGCAUGACGAAGAGACCCAGCUAGAAGCCCUCGGAAAACAUGUGGCGUCGAUGAAGGCUGAUUUGCAAAAGCAUAAUGAACUUCGGGAACCAAUGGCUGCCUUGUAUCAACCCCGCAGCGCGAAUGCUAUGAAAUCUCUGAGCAAUUGGGAGAGGAAAUCGCAGUAUUUAUUGAAGGAGAUCGUCAAGUACGACUCCUACAUAGACUCUCUUCAGGCAGCUAUGUCUCUGCGACUGAAGAAACGGGGGGAGAAAGUGUUGGAACGGGCUUUGAAUGGGGCCAACGCCAAUGAUGUCAAAUGGAAAGGGUUGGAAGCUGAAACCAUCGAAGAAAUGGAGGAACCCACGACGCCUAUUACCAAUACGCAUUUCCACCGACGGGAGAGGGCAGAAAGUACAACGGACGAAUAA